GCGCGCAGGGGCGGCGGCGGCGGCGGCGGCGGGCCGGCGGGCGGGGUCGAGAAGGCGAUGCGGGCGCGGGGUCGGGGGCGCCUGCCCCGGCAGCUGCUGCUGCUGUUGGCGCUCUGCGUGCAGGCGGCGCGGCCCAUGGGCUAUUUCGAGCUGCAGCUGAGCGCGCUGCGGAACGUGAACGGGGAGCUGCUGAGCGGCGCCUGCUGUGACGGCGACGGCCGGACAACGCGCGCGGGGGGCUGCGGCCACGACGAGUGCGACACGUACGUGCGCGUGUGCCUCAAGGAGUACCAGGCCAAGGUGACGCCCACGGGGCCCUGCAGCUACGGCCACGGCGCCACGCCCGUGCUGGGCGGCAACUCCUUCUAUCUGCCGCCGGCGGGCGCCGCGGGGAACCGGGCGCGGGCCCGGGCCCGGGCCGGAGGCGACCAGGACCCGGGUCUCGUCGUCAUCCCCUUCCAGUUCGCCUGGCCGCGCUCCUUCACCCUCAUCGUGGAGGCCUGGGACUGGGACAAUGACACCACCCCGGAUGAGGAACUGCUGAUCGAGCGGGUGUCGCACGCGGGCAUGAUCAACCCGGAGGACCGCUGGAAGAGCCUGCAUUUCAGCGGCCACGUGGCACACCUGGAGCUGAAGAUCCGCGUGCGCUGCGACGAGAACUACUACAGCGCCACCUGCAACAAGUUCUGCCGGCCCCGCAAUGACUUCUUCGGCCACUACACCUGCGACCAGUACGGCAACAAGGCCUGCAUGGACGGCUGGAUGGGCAAGGAGUGCAAGGAGGCCGUGUGUAAACAAGGGUGUAACCUGCUCCAUGGGGGAUGCUCCGUGCCCGGGGAAUGCAGGUGCAGCUACGGCUGGCAGGGGAGAUUCUGUGACGAGUGCGUCCCGUACCCGGGCUGCGUGCACGGCAGCUGUGUGGAGCCCUGGCAGUGCAGCUGCGAGACCAACUGGGGCGGCCUGCUCUGCAACAAAGACCUGAACUACUGCGGCAGCCACCACCCCUGUACCAACGGGGGCACGUGCAUCAACGCGGAGCCCGACCAGUACCGCUGUGCCUGCCCCGACGGCUACCUGGGCAAGAACUGCGAACGGGCCGAGCACGCCUGCGCCUCGAACCCGUGUGCCAACGGGGGCUCUUGCCACGAGGUGCCCUCAGGCUUCGAGUGCCAUUGCCCGUCCGGCUGGAGCGGGCCCACCUGUGCGCUUGACAUUGACGAGUGCACCUCCAACCCGUGUGCGGCAGGGGGCACCUGCGUGGACCAGGUGGACGGCUUCGAGUGCAUCUGUCCCGAGCAGUGGGGGGGGGCCACCUGCCAGCUGGACGCCAAUGAGUGUGAAGGGAAGCCGUGCCUUAAUGCUUUUUCUUGCAAAAACCUGAUUGGUGGCUAUUACUGUGAUUGCAUCCCGGGCUGGAAGGGCAUCAACUGCCACAUCAACGUCAACGACUGUGGGGGCCAGUGUCAGCACGGCGGCACCUGCAAGGACCUGGUGAACGGCUACCAGUGCGUGUGCCCACGGGGCUUCGCGGGCCGGCACUGUGAGCGCCAGCUGGACGAAUGUGCCAGCAGCCCCUGCCGCGUCGGCCUCUGCGAGGACCUGGUCGACGGCUUCCGCUGCCACUGCCCCCAGGGCUUCUCGGGGCCGCUCUGCGAGGUGGACGUUGACUUCUGCCAGCCGAGCCCCUGCCGGAACGGUGCGCGCUGCUAUAACCUGGGGGGCGACUACUACUGUGCCUGCCCCGAGGACGUGGGCGGCAAGAACUGCUCUGAGCCCCGCGAGCCGUGCCCCGGCGGGGCCUGCAGAGUGGUCGAUGGCUGCGGGCUCGAGGCGGGGACCAGGGCGGCCCGCGUGGCCCCCGCCGGCGUGUGUGGCCCCCACGGACACUGCGUCAGCCAGCCCGGGGGCAACUUCUCCUGUGUCUGUGACAGCGGCUUCACGGGCACCUACUGCCACGAGAACAUCGACGACUGCCUCGGCCAGCCGUGCCGCAACGGGGGCACCUGCAUCGACCAGGUGGAUGCUUUCCGCUGCUUCUGCCCCAGCGGCUGGGAGGGCGAGCUCUGCGACACCAAUCCCAACGACUGCCUUCCCGAUCCCUGCCACAGCCGCGGCCGCUGCUACGACCUGGUCAACGACUUCUACUGCGUGUGUGACGAUGGUUGGAAGGGCAAGACUUGCCACUCGCGUGAGUUCCAGUGUGACGCCUACACCUGCAGCAACGGUGGCACGUGCUACGACAGUGGCGACGCCUUCCGCUGCGCCUGCCCGCCGGGCUGGAAGGGCAGCACCUGCACCGUUGCCAAGAACAGCAGCUGCCUGCCCAACCCCUGCGUGAAUGGGGGCACCUGUGUGGGCAGCGGGGACUCCUUCUCCUGCAUCUGCCGGGACGGCUGGGAGGGCCGCACCUGCACACACAAUACCAACGACUGCAAUCCCCUGCCUUGCUACAACGGCGGUGUCUGCGUGGACGGCGUCAACUGGUUCCGCUGCGAGUGCGCGCCGGGCUUCGCGGGCCCUGACUGCCGCAUCAACAUUGACGAGUGCCGGUCCUCCCCCUGCGCCUACGGGGCCACGUGUGUGGACGAGAUCAACGGCUACCGCUGCAGCUGCCCUCCCGGCCGGUCUGGCCCGCGGUGCCAGGAGGGUAGGUGGGGGGACGUUGUGGGCAAGGGCCGUGCCUGGUGGGGGCAGGGCGAGACCUGGCCUUCACGGCUGCCGCCACCUCUCUUCCACGCAGUGACCGUGUUCGGGCGGUCCUGCUGGUCCCAGGGAGUGCCGUUCCCGCACGGGAGCUCCUGGGUGGAGGAUUGUAACGGCUGCCGCUGCCUGGACGGCCGCCGGGAUUGCAGCAAGGUGUGGUGCGGCCGGAAGCCCUGCCUGCUGGCUGGCCGGCCUGACGCCCUGAGCGCCCAGUGCCCACCUGGGCAGUGGUGCCAGGAGAAGGCCCCGGGCCAGUGCCUGCAGCCGCCCUGCGUGGCGUGGGGGGAGUGCGGCGCGGAGGAGUCCUUGCUGCCCAGCACCCCGUGCCGGCCGCGCUCCAGCCACCUGGACAACAGCUGCGCCCGCCUCACCCUGCUCUUCAACCGCGACCAGGUGCCCCAGGGCACCACCGUGGGCGCCGUCUGCUCGGGGAUCCGCGCCCUGCCGGCCACGAGGGCGCUGGCCCGGGACCGCCUGCUCGUGCUUCUCUGUGACCGGCCGUCCUCGGAGGCCAGCGCGGUGGAGGUGGCUAUGUCCUUCAGCCCGGCACACGACCUGCCGGACAGCAGCCUGAUCCAGAGUGCAGCUCAUGCCAUCGUGGCGGCCAUCACCCGACGGGGGAACAGCUCGCUGCUGCUGGCUGUCACCGAGGUCAAGGUGGAGACGGUCAUCAUGGGCAGCUCCUCCACAGGUCUGCUGGUGUCGGUGCUCUGCGGCGUGUUCAGCGUGCUGUGUCUGGUGUGCGUGGCUGUCUGCGUGUGGUGGACCCGCAAGCGCAGGAAAGAGCGGGAGAGGAGCCGGCUGCCGCGGGAGGAGGGCGCCAACAACCAGUGGGCCCCGCUCAACCCCAUCCGCAACCCCAUCGAGCGGCCGGGCGGCCCCAAGGACGUGCUGUUCCCCUGCAAGAACUUCACGCCAGCCCCGCGCAGGGUGGGUGAGGCGCUGCCCGGGCCAGCGGGCGGCAGGGAGGACGAGGAGGACGAGGAGCCCGGCCGCGGCGAGGACGACUCUCCGGAGGCCGAGAAGUUCCUCUCGUGCAAGUUCACCAAAGACCCCGGCCGCUCGCCUGGGAGGCCGGCCCGCUGGGCCUCGGGCCCUAAGGUGGACAACCGCACGGUCGGGAGCCUCGGCGCCACGUGCCGUGCCGUCCGGGAGUAGGGCUGCGGUCACCAGCUGGGCCGGGACCCAGGACCCCUCGCUGGGUGCCACGCCACCCGCCGGACCACAGGAGGCCGAGGCCGUGUGCAUAGUUCCUUUAUUUUGUGUAAAAAAAAACAACACCAAAAACGAAAAACAGAUGUUUAUUUUCUAUGUUUCUUUAAGCUUGUAUAAAUUAUUGGGUAACUGUCAGGCGGAAAACAACGGAGUAUUCUCGGAUAGUUGCUAUUUUUGUAACGUUUCUGUGUGUCGCACUGGCCGUGUGGCAGGAAAAAGCAAGGAUGUCUGCGUUCUCACCAAGUCGUUGAGCGUCUGUUCCCAGAGGUGGUGCACUGUUUACAGAAUCUUCCUUUAUUCCUCACUUGGGGUUCUCAGUGGCUCCAGGCCAAAGAGCCAGUGGGACCCGUGGCUGUCGGUGGGACCACCCGAGGCUGACAGCGGGACCCGUGGCUCUCGGUGGGACCUGUGAUGUUCGGUGUGGCCCGUGGCUGUUGGCGGCACCUGCGGUUGCAGUGGGGCUUGAGGUCAUUGGUGGGGCCCGUGGCGGUCGGCGUGGCCUGAGGCCUGUGGGCAGACCCUCGCCAGCUUGCCAGCCCGUGCACUGCAGCCCGCCGUCCUCGCUCGCUCCUGCCCAGAGCACUCGCUCCAGAGAUCUCUCAACUGUGCUUUCAGAAGUGCCCUUCCUGACUGCUCUGUUCUCCCCGGGACGGUGGCAGUACUGAAGCUUGUGACAAGUGCCUUCACACAGACUCUCCCCUCGCAACUGUCAACGUUCGCCGUGGGUACCAGGCCGCUGCCCACCUGCUGGCCCCGGCCGCCCCUCCUCGUGAAAGUGCAUUUUUGUACAUAUGUACAUAUUAAAUGAAUCACUCUGUAUAUUUGAUUUAAUAACUUAAAUGUUUAGUC